AUGAGCGAAAAACAAGCCGCUGGUCGCAACAAGACGAGCCAGUUGAAAGACCAGCUCCGCAGUCGGUUCCGCCGGUCUUCUCGAGGCCAUUCUCGACAGUCGAGUCGUGCACCGUCACCGGUUCCGAGUAGAGGGAAAGCAGAUAAUGCUUCGGCUACAGCUGGUGCGAGUUCUUCCACACCGGGGAUCAGGCCCAGUGUCGAUGAUACCCAGCUUGUCGCUGGUGCCAAUGCUAUGAUACCGGCGAUCAAGCUAGGCAACAGGCUGGAUAAAAAGUCGGAUAACGAUCAAAAUGCUGAACUAGGCGCUGCGACGGAUGGAUCCCAAGAUCAGGAGAACCAAAACAUUGGUCUAAAGCCGAAUACGGAUGCCGCCGACUCGGCCCAAGAAGACAACAUGUGGAAGAUUGCCGAAGCCCAACUGAGACGGGACCAAAAAAAGAAUAAACUUCUAGAUGCGUAUUACGACAUCUUGAAAUCCAAAUUGAAGGAUCUCGACAGUUCUAAUACUUCCGAGAAGCAGAAACAGAUCUCCGCUUUCAUUGAGUCUCAGUCUAAAACUAUUCAAGACGCUAACAAGUUGGGCAAAUUUACUAGUGUCUUGAAGAAAGCAGCCGAUUAUAUUCUAAAGGCGGAAAAGGUCAUUUCCACUGCUGCUCAACCCUGCCUCCCGGCUUCGAUAGCGUGUGCUGGUGUGAUGCUCGUUUUAUCGCUUUAUGCUCAAGCUGGCAGUCAGCGGGACAUUCUCUUUAAAGGCCUGGAUGAGAUUCCACACGUGAUUUACGAUCUUACUGAAAAUGAGACACUCCACUGGACCAAGACGCAAGAGCAAGUAAUCAAGAAAUCCAUGAUUGAACUGUGCUCCUACAUCCUAGAGUUCCUAGCCCGGGCAGCCUGUCACCUUAAAAAGCAUCCCAUCACUCAGACACUGAAAGACAUGUUUAAUCAGGGUGAAUGGAAUGUCUUGCUAUCCGCAAUCAAAGCUGCCGAAGCUCGUAUAAUCAAUCACUCUGGAGUUGAAGGGUGGAAGGAAGUUCGAAUGAUCCGGGAAGCACAGGAAAAUAAUCGAUUAGCGCAACUAGCCGCAACUCUUAGCAAGGAAACCGCUGCCCGCAACGAGAAGAUUACGGCAUUCCUCCAAAAACUGAAUGAACAUGCAUGGCCCGGCGGAGACAGCUACGAAUACAGCAAAGACCGAGUCCAGCGUGCGGAGGAAGGUACUUGCAAAUGGUUCACAAAUCACGGCAAGUUCAAAGCAUGGGAGUCUCCUGACAAUCCAAAUUUGGGGUCUCCUCUUCUACUGUUGACCGCUUAUCCAGGAUGCGGCAAAUCGGUUCUGUCAAAACAUCUCAUUGACACCGUUUUGUCCAAGUUCAAAGACCGAGCUGUGUGCUAUUUCUUCUUCAAGGAUGAUUUUGAACAUCAAAAGAGCGCCACUGGGGCACUUUGUACACUGCUUCACCAGCUCCUGUUCAUCUCUGAGUCGAAACGUCGUACUUCUCUAGCCGAUUCCGCUCUUCGGCGUCUUGAGACCAUGGGAAAAGAGAGUUUUUUUGGUUCUGUUUCCAGUCUCUGGAAGACGUUCACUGAGGCUGCUCUUCACACUGAUGCUGGAGAGGUUAUUUGCAUUCUUGACGCCCUGGACGAAUGCCGACUGACUGGCAGGAACGAACUUAUUAAAGCUAUCAAUGAGUUCUACCGAACUCUACAAAAUCAGGCAUCAUGUCGUCUCAAGCUUCUCCUGACCACUCGGCCGUAUGGAGACAUAAUACAAUCUCAGUUCUCCUACGCUUGGGGACACAGGCUUCCCGAAAUCCGUCUUGCUGGCGAAGAAGAUGACGUUGCCAACGAUAUUGCAGAGGAGAUCAAGAUCGUUGUUGACAAACGUAUCGAUCAGAUUUGUGAUACUAUCCACCUAACGAAGCAGAAAAGAAAUUUGAUGAAAACGAAUCUGGGUGCUGCUCCAGGACGUACCUAUCUGUGGAUCACUCUUGUUUUCGACGAUCUCCUGAAAAAGACUUCUGGGAUCCAGAAGGAAUAUAUCGAGAGCUUUGUUAAAAAUCCGCCAGAAAAUGUCAAUGACGCUUACGAAAAGAUUCUAAACAGAUCGAAAACCCAAGGCCCAGGCAACCAGGACCUCAAAAAGACGCGAACCAUCUUGCAAAUGAUUGUAGCGGCAAGAAGACCACUCACUCUUCGGGAAAUGUCAAUAGCUUUGCUACUACAGGAGUAUCAGCCACUAGACGAGGAUUUGGCCGAUGAAAUCGAAUCGGAAGAGGGAAUCUGGAACAUAAUCCGGGAUUGUUGCGGUCUCCUUGUUAUCCGUGUCGAUGACAGACUUUACCUUCUCCAUCAAACGGUGAGAGAAUUUCUGGUCGCGACUGGUCCUAACAUCAACAAUGUGAAUCAGAAAGCGCGGGACACGCCGGACUCUGAGACGGUUACCCCUCACUCACACCUUUGGAAGUACUCCGUCGACUUGACAGACGCCAAUUCGGCUCUUGCAAAAUCAUGUAUCUCCUACCUCUAUUCAAACUUUGCAAAGACGGAUAAUUCACUACUUGAUUACUCGGCCAUUUACUGGGCAGAUCACUACCACCAGUCGGUGACAAAUUUCCAAGUAGCAGCAGCUGAAAAAACAAGAGAUCUUUGUCUGCUCGAACAUUGCAGACAAUGGACUAUGAUUCAUAAUAAAUAUAAUCAGAUUCCUAUAGCUGGGCCCCUACUUUGUUUGGCAUCUGCCCUAGGACUUGAGAGGGCAGUAGAGAUGUUUCUCCUUAAGCAACACUCGAUUAGUGCUGAUUUUCAGAUUGACAUGGAGACCAAGGACAAGGAAUAUGAUCAGACGCCGCUGUCAUGGGCUGCAGGGAACGGGCACGAUGCGGUGGUGAAGCUGCUGCUAGAGAAAGACGCCGACCUGGAGACCAAGAACAAAUAUAGUCAGAAGCCGCUGUCAUUGGCUGCAAGGAACGGGCACGAUGCGGUGGUGAAGCUGCUGCUGGAGAAAGACGCCGACCUAGAGACCAGGAACAAACUUGGUCGGACGCCGCUGUCAUGGGCUGCAGGGAACGGGUACGAUACGGUGGUGAAGCUGCUGCUAGAGAAAGACGCCGACCUGGAGACCAAGGACAACAAAUAUGGUCAGACGCCGCUGUCAUGGGCUGCAAGGAACGGGCACGAUAUAGUAGUGAAGCUGCUGCUAGAGAAAGACGCCGACCUGGAGACUAAGGACAAGUACUAUAGUUGGACGCCGCUAUCAUGGGCUGUAAGGAACAGGCACGAUACGGUAGUAAAGCUGCUACUAGAGAAAGACGCCGAUCUAGAGACCAAGGGCAACAAAUAUGGUCAGACGCCGCUGUCAUGGGCUGCAAGGAACGGGUACGAUACGGUGGUGAAGCUGCUGCUAGAGAAAGACGCCGACUUAGAGACCAAGGACAAGUACUAUGGUUGGACGCCGCGAUUAUGGGCUGCAAGGAACGGGCACGAUACAGUAGUAAAGCUACUACUAGAGAAAGACGCCGACCUAGAGACUAAAGAUAAUAAAUAUAGUUAG